GCUGUCUUAUCUUGCGCGCAAGCAGGCGAGGUUGGAUGGAAGAAAGAGACCAACGGAUCAACAAGCCAGACUGUCACUUACUGAAGGACGUCAUGUGCACUUGACACCAUGCCGGACAGGGAGGAGGACAAGCGUGACUGCAUCGCUUUUUCACCCGAAUAAUUCAAACCUUAUCCGACGUCCCGUUUGCAGCUCUUUGAUAGGAUUCAACCAAAUAAAAAACCAAGACAGCAGAGAUGGGGGCAUCACUUUAUGAGCUGGUACCUGCACUGAAGAAGGGACGCUGCUUUAACAUGUGAGAUUCUUGAUGGCUCUGUUUUUUAUUAUGUGCACGGAUCUUCCCAGUCUGAGGAAAUAAGCAUGAUGCUCAGUCCAGACCAGCACGAGGCCGACCUGCCCUGCGGACAAACGGACACUGAGACCCAUCUGGACCAUUUCAACGUGCAGCGUGGGUUCGUGCCGGCCGAGCCCGGGGACCGAGAGGGCAAGGCGCGCUCCGUGCACGUGCCCGCUCUCAGCAGGGAGGAGAAGAGGCGGAGGAGGCGCGCGACAGCUAAAUAUCGUUCCGCGCACGCCACCAGGGAGCGGGUCCGUGUCGUGGCCUUCAACGUGGCGUUUGCGGAUCUGAGGAAACUGCUCCCAACUCUCCCACCAGACAAGAAGUUGUCCAAGAUUGAGAUCCUGCGACUCGCGAUUUGUUACAUCUCCUACCUCAACCACGUGCUGGAUGUUUAGGCUGUGAGGACCAACAGAAGAAUAGAUGACGGCAUGAUGACUGUUUGACAGCUGAAUGAUUCCUGGAAGUAACAAUAAAUGAUAUUCUAGGACAUGAUUUGAAUAAUACCCAAUGGAGUAACUCUACUACAGUGCAUCAUAAGAUUAUUAUGCGAAUGUCAUAGGCUACUGACUUUUCAUCAUGGAAACACUUGCAUCCAGACUAUAUGCUUACUGUCUUCAAAUAGAAACAUUUUGAAAGCUGCUGUACUGUAUAUUCAUGUAGCCAAACAGCUAAAACAUUGCAUUGUUUGGCCUUAACUGUGCUGCCUUGUUCAGACCAUCUGUUGUGACAUUGUUUCCUCUUUGCACCAAUUUGUAAACACACAAAAAAAGUAGUCUACUGGACUUCAGUUGCAGCUGGAAGUGAGUUUGAAAUCCAUCUGUUGGAAACAAACUAUGACAACUAAAAAUGUUUGAAACCUGUUUGAUCCCAAUUAGAUUAGAACAUCUCUGAGGCCAUAAGGCAAAAAUCUGAUGUGUGGGCCUAGUUCAUGUGUCCACUGAAUGCAUUUUGCA